AUGGAAGGUGAUGCAACUUGGGUAAGAGAGCAUUAAAAUGAGCAGGCAACAAAUUUAUUUAUUUAUCUACCUAUUUAUUAUAUCUCACUUUUCCCCCAAGCAGCUGCAUACACAGUUCUUCCCCUGUCACCCGCUAUUUAAUCCCCACGAUGACCCUGUGAGGUAUGUUUUGGCUGAGAGGCAGUGACUGGCUCAAGAUCACCCAGUGAGCUGUGCGGGGAUUUGAAUUCUGGUCUCUCAGAUCCUGGUCCAACAUUCUAACCUGGCGUUUCUCAGUCUUGGGUCCCACAAUGCUGUUGGACUACAACUCCCAUCAUUCCUAGCCAGCAUGGCUAUAAAGUGGUACCUCGGGUUACAUACGCUUCAGGUUACAGACUCCGCUAACUCAGAAAUAUUACCUCGGGUUAAGAACUUUGCUUCAGGAUGAGAACAGAAAUCGUGCUCUGGCAGCGCGACGGCAGCAGGAGGCCCCAUUAGCUAAAGUGGUACUUCAGGUUAAGAACAGUUUCAGGUUAAGAACGGACCUCCAGAAUGAAUUAAGUACUUAACCCGAGGUGCCACUGUACAAAUGUAAGGGAUAUAAUAAAUGUAUAAAAGAUGGGAUAUAAAUGUAACAAAUAAAUAAAAAAAAAGAAUCCUGGGAAGUGCAGUUUACCCCUAACAGAGCUACAAUUCCCAGCACCCUCUUAACAAGCUAAAGUUCCUAGGAUUCUUUGGGGGGAAUCAUGCACUUUAAAUGUGUGGUUGCGGCCUGAGAAUUCCAGUUUUAUUCUGCCUGUCAACAAAUGACCAGGGAGGCGGGAAGCCUCAGCCAGCUGCUCCUGCUGAUGCAACCCUUGCAUGUCUCAGAGGCGAAGGUUAAAACACUUGUUUUUGUCCGUUCAAAGAAGAAAGGACUGAGGAAAGCACAGCUGGCGCAUGGUUUUUCUGCCUCUCAAGGAAAGGAUACAUCUCCUUUCGCUCUGCCUUUUCAGACAGAAAGGAUCAGUCUUGCUGCUGAGAGGAAGCCAGGCUGAGCAAGGAAGUGAGUUGCAGGAGGAGUUACCUAUUAAUAUUAGUAUUAUUAUUAAUUAAAUUUGUAUGCUGCUCUUUAUCCAAAGAUCACAUAAAAGUCCACAUAAAAAUAAAAAAUGAGAACACAAAAUCCUAAUAAAACAAAAGCAAACCAAUUACCCCCUCCCACAUUUAAGAGGCUAUAGAAGAGUGGUUCCCAAUUAGCUAAGGACCGUGGGCCUCCUGUUUUUCAUGGACCCCCUACUUUUGAAAAUUUAGAUAUCUCUGUGGUAGUUUUUGUUAUGGGAAACACUGGCCUGCGAGAGCUCCAAUUGGAGAACAGCCUUUACCAAAGAUGUCAUGGGCUUUGAAGAAGCUUGAACUCAGGAUGAAAGCAAGAAGCGUGCUAAGAGAGCCAGUGUGGUGUAAUGGUUAAGAGCAGUAGAUUCGUAAUCUGGGGAACCGGGUUCGCGUCUCCACUCCUCUACAUGCAGCUGCUGGGUGACCUUGGGCUAGUCACACUUCUUUGAAGUCUCUCAGCCCCACUCACCUCACAGAGUGUUUGUUGUGGGGGAGGAAGGGAAAGGAGAAUGUUAGCCGCUUUGAGACCCUAGGGUAGUGAUAAAGCGGGAUAUCAAAUCCAAACUCUUCUUCUUCUUCUAAGAGGAAGGCAUGUUUGGCAAAUCCUCACCAUGAUCAACUUCCAUCUGGAAACCUAUGUCCCCACUGUGGAAAAAUGUGCGGAUCCAGAACUGGCCUCCACAGUCACUUACAGUCUCACUGUUAAGACUGUGUUCAUGAAAGACAAUCUUACUCGGCUACGAGUGAUCGCCAGAGAAGAAGAAAAAUAGAUGAUCUUGGGAAACCCACUAGUGAGACACAGAGAAAUAGCCCUUUCCCCCCACAGCACAGCACCUGGUGGUCAGUGGCAUACUGACCCUUUAAAGACGAAGAUGCUAAAUAUUCUCUCAUUUGCUAAGGCGAUUCUUCUAGAAUCCAUUGCAAAUAUCCAAAGGUAUUUUCAGCUUCCUAGUAGAAUUUGAGAGCUGCUCAAUGAGCUAGUUUGAGCGCUUGUUUCUGUUUACAUGGACAAGCUCCACAAUAUAUUGUUUGUGGUCCUUGGAAUUUAAAAGAAAGGUUUUAAGGAAACUGUGAAGGUUCAAGACCUUUAUGUGUGCCCUAGUUUGGAUUAUCUGUGUUAUUUCAUAUGAAAACCAUUACUCCCUUCUUUCAGAUAUCUCUUGAAGACUUUCCUAUUUAGGCUGCCCUUUGCAAGAUAAAUUUUCUUUGUAAUCCAAUCAGUUAUGUUGAUGCUUUAAUGAUGAUGACUUUUGUGGAUAUAUUUGUUGAUUUUGUUUUUAUAUUUUGUCUUCUGCCUUGUUAUUACAUUUCUUAUGAAAGUGUAGCUUGCAAAUUGGUAAAUAAAUAAACAAAACUUAAUUAAAAAGCAACCCUAUACUUCUAUUGGGAUAUAUGUGGGAAUGUUCCUUAAUUAAAAUGAUCAUAGCCUCCCUCCCUCCACCCCUGUACCUUUAGGUGCUGCAGGACAGCGUGAAUGACAAGAGAGAAGAAAUCAAAGCACAACGUCGAAGAAAAAGUGAGGAUUUGCUGGUAAGCAGAUGAGGAUGGAAAUUUUUUAAAUGAUGCCCAGAAAUUUGCUAAUCCCUUUGCCUGAAUCCAGUUUGGAUGCAGAGGGCACUUUAGUGAUCUGAAAAGUGCUGAAAAUUGGGCAAAGGGGAGGCAGAUUAUUACUUUCAUGGGGACUUCUUAACAGCCAUAUACUUUUCUGCCACUACUGUGGCCUAGUUCAGCGCCCCUCAGAAUUGACACUGUCCUGGCAUGGCGUCAUUCCAGGGCAUUUGGAGCAUGUGGUGGAAAAACAGAGGGUGUCGGGUUGAUGUUGAGCAAGCAAAACAGUUGUAACAGCUUGCCAGAGUACAGCUCCCAUGAUACCUGGCUGUUGGCCAGGCUUGUUAGGCUUGGUGGGAGUUGUAGUUUGGCACUUGCAGAAGGUGUUAGGGUUUCCGCACCCUCAAAUUAAGGGAUUGUGUGUGUAUGUGUUUUAUGGAUGAGAUUUUUGUGUCCUCUCCAAGCCUGGGGUUUUAUAUCAGUGAGAUGGGAUCCUGAAGUCUUCUUUUUCUUUGGCAAUCACUCGUAGUCGAGUAAGAUUGUCUUCCAUGAGCAUGGUUUUAAUGGUGUGUCUGUAAGUGACUGUGGAGGCCAGUUCUGGAUCCACACGUCCUUCCACAGUGGGGACAUAGGUUUCCGGGCAGGAGUUGAUCAUGGUGAGGGUUUGCCAAACAUGCCUUCCUCUUAGCACGUUUCUCCCUUUUGUCCUGAGUUUGAGCCACUUCAGAGCCCAUAACACCUUUCGUAAAGGCUGUUCUCCAGCUGGAGCGCUCACAGGCCAGUGUUUCCCAGUUGUUGGUGUUUAGCUUACAUUUUCUAUUUGCCUUGAGAGCAUCUUUAAACCUCUUUUGUUGUCCACUGGCAUUUCGCUUUCCAUUUUUAAGUUCAGAAUAGAGUACAGGUAUGGGGAAACCUCAGUGCUGUGGGUGGGGAAUAAUGCUGUCUCCCAGGUGUCUCAGGCCUGUGUCUACAUCCAUUUAGGGCUCUGUUUUGCCCCUUCCUCUACUAAUUUUGUGUGGCUGGAAUGUGCCCUUGAGCCCUAAUGGAGGAUGGAGAGGCCUGGAAGGCUUAACACUGGUAUGCGGAGCCCCUCUUCACAAUCACUGAAGUGGUCAAACCAGUCUCUUUGUGUUAAACCAGUCUCUUUGUUAAGUUAAUGGCCUUAGGGAAGCCUUGAACAGCAUUUUUUGUUAAAGGGGAUUAAAGAGUUGGCCUGGUACAGGUGUGUUGCCAUAGAAACGGCUAGCCUCAGAUGCUUUUCAGGAGGAGUGCACAGGCCUUCCCUCCCGCACCACACCUGGCUAGAGGGUAGGAGAACAAUAGGCGAUGAGCCAGGAAACCUAAUGCAGUGGGGGGGGUGACAUCUUUUGUGGUGCUAAUGUCAUGAGCCCUAUAACACAAAGGCUGCAUACACACCAUACAUUUAAAGCAAACGGCUGCUCCCGAAGAAUCCUGGGAACUGUAGUUUGCCCCACACGGAUCUGCCUUUCCCAGCACCCUUAACAAGCUACAGUUUCUAGGGUUGGUUGUUUGGGGAAGGGUGUGGAGAAUGUGCUUUAAAAGUGUGGGGUGUACGUAGCCGAAGACACCACCAAUGGCCUUCGUUCCAAGGAAACGGAUCCGAGGUAUGCGGUGGUACCCCUUAAACCUCUCACCACUCAGAGACAUAGCUGUCAACCUUCCCUUUUUUGGCGGGAAAUUCCCUUAUUCCAGCGCCAUUUCCUGCUGCUAUCCCGGAUUGUUAGAUAUCCCGUAGACUGUCUCCGGGACAGGUGAGGCUGCUGAUCCCUUAUUUUCGAGGCUGCUGACCCCUUAUUUUCAAAUCUGAAAGUUGACAGCUAUGCUUAGAGAUUGGCCACACGCAGCAAAACUGAGCCAACUGACUGUGCCGCUCACUCUGGCACACUCCCGCUGCGGGUGUUUGAAGCCAAGUACAUGUGACAUUGGCCACCAUCUGUAGGUAUCUGGUAGCUAUUGUGAGAAAUACUCUUGUAUGGUGAGCUUUCCCUCAAACCAGCUUCCGUCCAGCUGCGGUUAAGCUGAGGUGUGCACAGUUCAGGAAGCCAUUGAGCAUGUGCAGAUGGCAGCUUCAGUGAACUGGAUUUUAGGGCAGGGAAGCCUGAAAUCAGGCAAGGGGCAUCAGCUGAAGACAUCCCCAACCCCUCUGUGAUGUGCACAGCAACUUUUCCCUUCACAGUGCUACAAUUCUUAGAGUUUCCUGUGAAAGGGGAUUGAUUGUUAAACCACUCUGAGAAUUGUAGCCCAGUGAGAAGAACUCUCAGCACCUUUAAAAGACUUUGGCUCCUAUAAUUCUUUGUGGGAAGCCAUGACGGUUUAAAGUAUCACAGUGCUUUCAAAGUAUGGCGUGAGUAUGGUCAAAGAAACAUCACAUAGGAGGGGGCAAUUUCCACCCUUUGUGGCAGCAGAUUUCGGGGGGGGGACGACGACGACGACUUUUUGGACCUCUGUCAGGCUCAUGGUCGCCAUUUUGGAUUUUUGAAACCCCAAUUGGCCAUUGCCAGCCUCAUGUAAUUUAGAAUCACAGAAAUUUAGAGUUGGAAGGAAUCCCAAGGAUCAUCUAGUCAAACCGCCUACAGACACAGGAACUUCAAGAGGUUCAAUGAAUUUUAGCACUCUCCUCGGUUUUGCAGAAGUCCUCAUUGAAGAACAAAAGGGGAGGGGGUUCCCUUUCUUUUGAUCCUGGGAAAAAAAUUCAUAAAGUUAAAAUAUCACCCCCUCCCCUCAAUAAGGCUGGGCUAAGCUUUCGGUGGUUUGCUUGCUUGACUAAUCUGUGGAACAGGAGUUGCCAACUUUUCUGGGCCAGUGGGCACAUUUGGGGUUUUGAGAAAGUGCUGGAGGUGCCUUUCACAAAAUGGCUGCUGCAUGACACAAAAUGGCCAACACAUCUAAAAGAACAGGGGGAAAAAGGCAGGAACACAAAAUGGCAUGGCAUUUCUUCUCCCCAUCCCACAAAUUAUUGGGAAAAAGAGAGGAACCUAUAGCAGCUAAGGUUGUGCUUGCUCACAGGGACUUCUUUACUCAAAACCAGGAAGAGAGUGUCCAAGUCUUGGCAACCAUUGGAGCAGGCUCACAUUUAAGGGAGUGUGUUCAAUGUAGUGGAGGCCAAGCCAGUGAAGCACAAACUGAGCAGUAUUGUGGGUUUUUUGAGAGGAUAUUUAGGUGCUUUAGGUGGUGUUAGUGAGUACACUGAUAGCCCCAAAUUGGUCAACCCCAAUAGGGAGAGUGUGACGCCACAAUGAUUUUCCCCCUAUGAAUUGCAGAGGGAGACAGAAGCUGAGAGGAAGAACAUAAUCCGGGAGUGGGAAGAGCUGCGAAGGUUUGUCGAAGACCAAGAAAAACUCGUGUUGAGGAGGCUGCAAAAGCUGGACAAUGACAUUGUUAGGAGGAGAGAUGAGAGAGUUUGGGAAGGUUCUGAGCAAGCAACAUUUCAUGAAAGCAGAGAAAGCAACCAGAAUCCACUUGUGAAGGUGGGGAAUCCCUGUCUUAUUUCAUUCCAUUUGUAUCCUGCCUUUCCUCGAAGUCAAGGUGGCACACGUGGUUCUCCCCUCGUUUUAGCCUCACAACAACCCUCCGAUGUGGUUUAGGCUGAGAGAUGGCAACUGACUUUAGGUCACCCAACAAGCUUCAUGGCCAAUUGGGGAUUGAGCUUUUGUCUCCCAGGCACCCUAACCACUAUGCCACACUGUGCCAAGGAAAAGUCAAAAGUUUUAAACAGUGCAAUUCUUUAUGUGUCUUCUCAGAUGCAAGCACCAUUGAAUUCAAUGGGGCUUACACCCAAGUAAGUGAGCAUAGGGUUGCAGCCAUAUUGGAUUAAUUGGCUCAGUGGUGACACCCCCCCCCUUUUCUCUCUCCCUCUAUAGAAAAAAUAAUAGAGGAUGAACUACUUGUUGCUGUGUACUUAAUUAAAACUGGAAGCCACGUAUCUAUUUAUUUUUUAAAAAUAAAUAUUUUGUUUUAUUGAAGUUUUUAGAAGAUAGAUGCAAACCAAAAUAAGAGAAUAAAAAAACCAGCUAUGUUCAUUUUUAUGGGGAAAGUUACAGGAAGGGGUUAACCAGAAUGAUACAGAUGCCUGAUUCAUGUCUUCUCUCCCCGCUUUCUCUUUUUUCCUGCAGAGCAUCAGAACGGCUGAAAGCAGGUAUGUUUUGCCUAAUACUUAUCUUUCAAUGUGUUAAACUACUUUGGAACUGCCUUGGACAAUGUUGUAGAUAGAAGUGGAACUAGAACAAGGGGGUGAAGUCCAUUUCCCUAAAUUCCUUUAUCAUUAUCAAAAGGUCCCAUCCUCUGGGGAUAUUGAGGAGCGGGGUGGUUCACUGCAAAAUAUUUCUACAGCCAGUCCAGGAAGCACUGCUGCCUGUCAAAACAAUUAGUAUGCCCCAAAUGCUUUAUCACAUUUCAUAUAGGGGCUCUGAUUGGUUGGGGUCUCUGGUUGGGAUCACUCAAGAAGAACGAAGCAGGAAAUAAAUGACAUCAAAAGAGCCACAGGGAGACAAAAUUGUAUGGGAAAGUGGUAUAGGAAAAGUAGGGUUAAAGGGGUUUAGGGGUGUUCAGCUCCAGGAAGUUGCUAAUUACAAGAUGACAAUAAAUCAGGAGAACUUUUGCAACAAUACUAAGUGGGAACAAUUAUUGACUUACUGUCUCUUCAUCAGGAAGAAUGGGGCAUUUCCUGAGUUCGAAAGCGGUUUUCUAGAACUGGAACAGAGGAUAAGGCAUUUUUCAGAGAAGAGGAUGGUAUUGCAAGAGGUGCUACUGGCAUUUAAAGGUGAGGUCAGCCUGCUGGAGUCUGAAUUAAAAGAGUUGAUAUCCACACAGGGUAUUAAUUCAAUAAAACGAUUAUGAAAUCUCAUACCCUCCAACAUUUCUCUGAUGAAAAUAGGGACGUCCCAUUCCAUAAUGAUAAUCUCACUAUUUAUACCUCACACAUAUUAUUGUGUUGCCCCAGGACCUUGGGCAGCUUCCAACAUGUAUAAAAAUAUAAUAAAACAUUAAACAUUUAAAAAACUUCCUAUACAGGAUUGCCUUUAGACAGCUUGGGGUUUGGAUAACUCCAUACUCUCCAACAUUUUUCCAAUGAAAAUAGGGACAUCCUAAGGAAAAGUGGGACAUUCAGAAACCAGCAUGGCUUCUCUAAAUCAGGGGUGUCCCUGGAAAAUAGGGUCACAUGGAGAGUAUGAAAUCUUCAGGUGGAAUUCUGUCUUGAAAUUCACAUUUUCGGCUCAAAGUAAUUCUGCCUCUACUUUUGGAUUUUUGCUGAUUUUGCUCAUGAGAUCAUACGUUUGACGUUUGCAGUUGUAGCCCUCAAAUAUUUUUGCACAGGUGCAUUUUGCUUACGCUUGUACUGCAUCGUGCAUUUUGUAGGCUUAUGGCUGCGUAAACAGGGAACUGAAUGUUUACAGAUUUUUAAAUGGGCCUUGCUGAAAGGCUGUCACAGGAUUCAGGAUUACAGAAGGUCAGCAUGAGAGGAAUAUAACAUCUUGAGAAUAGUAUUCGUAUUGCACCAUCUUUAAAGAACAAUGACAUUAAUGUACAACAGUGGAUUAAGCGGCAUGGAUUUGAGAGAAGGAGAUCCCAUUGAGUAGAUGCACUCCAGUAUUGCACAUACAAAAAUUUGGCAGACUCUUAUGUACAUAUAUGUCUCCCUGCUCUCCCCCUUUAAGGUUUUGGCAAUAAGAAGCAAUUCUCUAAGUGCCAAUCUGUGGGACCCCAAGGUUUGCAGAAGUGUCAAGAUGCCAUUAGAAAAAGAGCCCUAAGGGGAAGACGAAAUCUUCCCAAACAGCCCAAUGAAAAUAGAGCAUGUUCAGUGGCCACUGAACACUGACUGGCUGUUGGGGGAGGGGAUGGAAUGGAGUAUCCUGAAAAAGGCCUAGCUGAAACUCGAAAAACAAGAGCAAUCCACCCUGCAAAAUUUUGUUGCAAGUUCCAUGGGUAAGGACCAAACAUGGGGGAGGGUUAUUAUCUUUCCCAUUCUUUCUUUCCUCAGAGAUUUUGCAGCUGGAGCUGGGGAACGAUGCAGACCCAUCUUUCUUAUCUGGUAAGGCAGCAUGAAUAUUUCCAAAUGGCCUAAGGCUUGUAGAUUUUGACAGUACUAGGCUUGAAGGAUCAUCUAGUCUUGAGAUGGUACGAGGCAGCUUUUUAAAUUCCUGGGUGGAUGUUAAACCUCAGAUUAUAAAUUUAGUAGUCUCAGAGCCAAUCUAUAUAUACAGUGGUACCUCGGGUUACAUACGCUUCAGGUUACAGACUCUGCUAACCCAGAAAUAGUGCUUCAGGUUAAGAACUUUGCUUCAGGAUGAGAACAGAAAUCGUGCUCCGGCAGCGUGGCGGCAGCAGGAGGCCCCAUUAACUAAAGUGGUGCUUCAGGUUAAGAACAGUUUCAGAUUAAGAACAGACCUCCGGAACAAAUUAAGUACUUAACCCGACGUACCACUGUAUAGUUAUGUAUGCCAACAGUCUGCUAUCAGUGUAUAUAGCACCUUCCAGACUUCUACAAUCAAACCGGAUUCAGCUCUGUCAACUGGAGGCUGAGGUAGCGUUAGCAGCUAGAAAUGCCAAGACAGGUGGCAUUUUUCCAUCUCCACUUUUAACUUUUGCGUGUUUUAAAGUAUGGCUGUGGAUUUUUCCUCAAUUUUAUGUUUUUGUAAAUUGCUUUGAAGUUGUUGGGUUUCUUUUUUUUACAAACAAGCAGUGUAUAAAUUGUAUGAAAUAAAUAAGAUGAAUAAAUGUGGGCUGGUCUCUGCCCUCAAGGAGCCUACAAUAGAAAAUCAGCGGUGGACAAAAGUACAGUGGGAGAUGGAGAAAUAAGGGUAGGAAUGGAUGAGUGCAAGCAAUUGCUAUUGAAUGUACAUUUUAUUUUUAAUCAAGCAGGAUUCUGAUCGCUUUAAAUUGAGCAAUCAAAAAUAAAAUCAGCCACUUAAGAACAAUUAUGCAUAAUGAAAUUUGAUUUUAAAAUGACAUCAAAUUGCAUCUGCCAAGGGUCAAUGAAUAAGGGGUUAAGCCAAUGGCUUUGCAUUGGCUUUUGAUUGACUAUUGUUCAUUGAGGGGAUUGAUUAUAUUCUUAAAAUUUGCUAAGAAGAGCAUGUGGAACAUCUUUCCGGAGACUGUGCAAGUUGCAAACAAAGGUAUUGGUGGUGGGAAAUCACAAGCUGGAAUGCUCCGUAAUGUCAAAAAAUCUCCCUGCACAUAGAAAGUUAGUAUCUCAGGGAAAAGGCUGGGGAAAUGGUCACAGGGGACUAUACCUCCUUGGGGAGCUCCAUUCCAUAGGAUUUCUUUUGAUACUUGUUUCUGCUAUUUCAUGAACUGGAUUUCCUGCUGGUUGGGUUCUUCCUGCCCAAUGGCAGCAGGUGGGGAACCUCAGGCCCCAGAGACCAAACAUGACUGUCCAGGCUUUGCUGUCCAGCCCUUGGAACUCUUUCCUAGCCAUACCCCUGACCGGCCUGGCUUCGCACCCUCCUUGGGAGUUCUUGCCUGGCUGGAACGUGCCCUUCAAUGUUUCUUCUUUGCUCAGAUGGAAGAAAGAGAGAGUUGUGUGUGUGGAAACCACAUUGGUGUACAAAGGUAAAAAUUUGCAUUUGUUGCUCCACCCACUUUUGCCUCUGGCUCUUGGAAGAUUGCUCAGUAAAGGUUCCUAACCUCUCUGCCCCGUGAUGUUUUAAUUGUACUGUUUCAUGUUGCUGUUUUAAUGGGCUUCAUUUUCCUCUCUCUGUGCAAGCUGCCUUGAGAGACCAUUGAAAUGGGUGUAUUGCUGAGUAGAGAAAUGAAUGAAUAGACAAUGAUAUGCAACAGACAUCUGAAAAAUCACCCUCUCUUUCCCCAGGGUGCCAAGGAAGGUCAUCAUUCUACUCCAGAUUUCUACAUCUUCACAGAAGAUGUGGAGGAAAAAUAGAGCUGGUUCAGGUAAAGGGAUUUGCAAAUAUGUCUGGUCUCGUGUCCUGUUCUCAACCAGCUGAGUAUGGGAAGCCGCCAAGCAGGACUUGAGCACAAUAGCUCCCCUGCAAUUUCCAGCAGCUGGUGUUCAGAAAUCUACUACCUUUGACCAUGGAAGCAGACGAUCGCAAUCAUGGCUAGUAGCCAUUGAUUGUCUUAACCUCCAUGAAUGGCAGCAGGGGAGAGACUAACAACAACAACAAUUUUAUUUAUUUAUUUAUACAUACAUACAUACAUACCCCACCCAUCUGGCUGGGUUUUCCCAGCAACUCUGGGCGGCUCCCAACACAACAUUAUCAAUAAUAAUUAUUAAAAAGCAAUAAAACAUCAAACAUUAAAAACUUCCCUAAACAGGGCUGCCUUCAGAUGUCUUCUAAAAAUCAGAUAGUUGUUUAUUUCCUUGACAUCUGAUGGGAGGGAGUUCCACAAGGCAGGUGCCACUACCGAGAAGGCCCUCUGCCUGGUUCUCUGUAACCUCACUUCUUGCAAUGAGGGAACUGCCAGAAGGCCCUCGGAGCUGGACCUCAGUGUCUGGGCAGAAUGAUGGGGGGUGGAGAUGCUCCUUCAGGUAUACUGGGCCAAGAACGUUUAGGGCUUUAAAGGUCAGCAUCAACACUUUGAAUUGUGCUCGAAAAUGUACUGGGAGCCAAUGUAUGCCUUUUUCAAGACCAGUGUUAUGUGGUCUCGGCAGCCACUCCCAGUCACCCAUCUAGCUAACGCAUUCUGGAUUAGUUGUAGUUUCCGGGUCACCUUCAAAGGUAGCCCCACAUAGAGCGCGUUGCAGUAGUCCAAGCAGGAGAUAACCAGAGCAUGCACCACUCUUGUGAGACAGUUCACGGACAGGUAGCGUCUCAGCUUGCAUACCAGAUAGAGCAGGUACACAGCUGCCCUAGACACAGAAUUGACCUGCGCCUCCAUGGACAGCUGAGAGUCCAAAAUGACUCCCAGGGACAAGGUGAUCCCUUAAGUUACCUAGUUCUGAGCCAUUAAGGUUUUAUAAACCAAUAGUUUAUAAAAUCAAUGCUUUUAAAUUAUGGUGCUGGAGGAGAGACUUGAGAGUCCCAUGGACUGCUAGAAAAUCAAACCUAUCCAUUCUGAAGGGAAUCAGCCUUGAGUGCUCACUGGAAGGACAGAUCCUGCAGCUGAGGCUCCAAUACUUUGGCCACCUCAUGAGAAGAGAAGACUAAACAACAACAACGAAUCAAUAGUAUCACCUUGAACUUGGACCAGUAAUGAAAUGGCAGCUGGUGCAACCAUGAUAUGAUUGUGAUACAUAGUGUUCUGCUUGACCACAAGCCGAAAGGCCUCUGCAUCUCUUCAGAGGUGCCGUCUUCCUUGAUGCUUCACAUGUCAUUGGAAGGAAGAGCGCCAUGUGUCAACAAGCAAGGCAGAAGUGGCCCUGUGUUCCUUCAUCCUUGUUGACUGUCUUUUGUGUUUCAGGAACCUGUGUCAUUCGAGGAGAUAGCUGUACAUUUCACUGAAGGUGAAUGGGCUCUCCUGGACCCCCCUCAGAGAGCCUUAUACAGGGAUGUCAUGCAGGAGAACUAUGAAAAUGUGACCUCUUUAGGUAAGAAUUCCUUUAUCUUCUAUUUUGAGUGUGGAGUGUGUGCAUCAUUGAACCCAGUUGAUCCCCUCCUGGUGUUAUGGGAUUCAAGAAAGUUUGCAUGGGUUUGUUUAUUUCCAAGUGCCUUCAGACCAUACCUUGAGACCAUGCUUACCCCUUCCAAAUGUUUUUAUCCCCCUCGCUCUCUAUUCACACAGCUGCUUCUUUGUCUACCUGCACCUUUGAUGCUGUUUUUCUUUUUUAAAACAAGGGCUUCAUGGGAAGGCAAUCACAGCCAAUCAGAAAUCACACAGGUAGCAUAAGAACAAAUUCAUUCUGGCUACACAGUGGCAUUAUGAAGCCAAAUCAAAGCUAGGACACAAAUCAGGCCUUUACUCUGAUUUGGCUUAAUAACAUUAUAGCAUAGAAAAAUGUGAUCAGGCCCCUAGCAUUGUCAAAUUAAUCUGCUCGGUUAGAUUUGGCUAUGUUGACUGUCUAUCAGUCAGAUUUUCUUUAUUUGUAGCCAAUUGCCAAUAUAACAUAACAAGCAAGACAAUACAGGAAUAUGUUAAACAUAUACAUUUUUUUGUAUCCAACACUGUCAUUCCACUUGCGCAAUGAAAUUCUGCUUGCACAACCAAACUUCCCCCUCCUCUCACCUGCAGCAAGCCUAGUGUACCCUCAAAAUCUUCUCCAGAGGGUUGGAGGACUCUCUGGAGCAGAUUUUGAGGACUUGUGGGGGAAAAAGAAGUCCCAUUGUGUGAGCAACUUGUGUGGCGUUGAACACAACCAUUUGUCUUCUAAAUUUACUCCAAUUCAUUUACAUUAAAUUAAAAAUAAAAUCACAUUGGGAGUCUCAGCACUGUUUUGGUUCAAAAAAUAUCUUAUAGCUUCUCAGUGCCAGUGCAUAUAAAUAACAAACCAGAAAUUUCUAAAUCAUUUCAGUUAUUGACCCUCUAUAAAAUCCUGACAUGAAUAGAGGAAUCCAUCCAAAUUGCCGUGUGAAAGUGUCAUAAAGCGAAAUGAUGCAGGAAUAACAACUAAAGGCACGCUGUUAAAUUUUAUUAGGGUGGUUCAGCAAAAAACCUUCAAGUUGAAUUAACAACACAUUUUUUCUUCUUUCUGAUUUCACUUUUGCGCCCAGUUCUUUCCCUCACCAAUUCGGAUCGAAACUCCUGGGUGGAGGAAGGGGACGAGUUGAUCUCCCUGGGUCUUCACCCUCUGCGCUCUGAGAAAGGGAACAAACAUGAAGUCACCAGAACAGGUGAGAGAAAGGGAAGUACAAGACAGACCAGCACUGGCAAUGGCUACUGGCAAUGGUGGCUAGGAUAUGCCUCCAGCGUUUGUGACUGUAUAAUUCUGAAUGCUAGGAAUUGCAACUAAAGAGAGUGCUUUUGCACUCAGGUCCUGGUUGUGGGCUUUCCAUUGGCUAGCCGCUGAGAGAAACUAUGGCAGAGUUGAUGCCAGGAGAGAGCAUUCCAUAGACUAGGGGCUACUAUAGAGAAGACCUGUUCUGUUGUCCUCACUCUCCAGACCCCUCUCUGAGUGGCACUCAGCUGACUGUCUCAGGGUCCAGGCAGGUUCAUAUGUGGAAUUGCUGCAGUCCUUCAGGUAUUCACUGACCUGUCUUUCCUCUCUUUAUUGCAGUGCAAGAUGGGCAGGAGAAAAAGGAGGAGGAGACUCCAGCAGCGGAAAAUGCUAAAGGAGAUGACAAUCCUAAGAAAGGCAAUGUAAGAAAGGCAAGGAAGAACGUAGUGCCAGGAAAUCCUAAGGUGGUUGAAAAGUCUAAGGAAUACAUUCUUAGGAGGAAAAAUCAAGUCCCUGGAAAUUCUAAGGAAAUUGGGCAGUCUGAGAGAGAUGUUCUGAGGAAAAAUCAAGUCCCUGGAAGUUCUAAGGAAACUGGACGUUCUAGAGGAGAAGUUCUGAGGAAAAAUCGAGUUCCCAGAAAUUCUAAGGAAAUUGUCCAUUCUAGGAGAAAUAUUCAAAGGAAGAAUCUAGUGCUGAGAAAUUCUAAGGAAAUUGGGAAUUCUAGGGGGGAUGUUCCGAGGGAGAAUCUGGUGCCAGAAAAUUCUAAGGAAAUUGAGUGUUCUAGGGGAGAUGCUUUAAGAGAGAAUCUAUUUCCUGGAAAUCCUAAGGAAAUUGGGCAUUUUUCGGGAGACAUUCCAAAGAAAAAUCUAGUGCUGAGAAAUGCUAAGGAAAUUGGGAAUUCUAGGAGAGAUGUUCUGAGGAAAAACCAAGUUCCCAGAAAUUCUAAGGAAAUUGGACAUUCUAGGAGAGACGUUCUGAGGAAAAAUCGAGUCCCCAGAAAUUCUAAGGAAACUAGACAUUCUGGAGGAGAAGUUCUGAGGAAAAAUCAAGUUCCUGGAAAUUCUGAGGAAAUUGACUAUUCUAGGAGAGAUAUUCAAAGGAAGAAUCUAGUGUUGAGAAAUUCUAAGGAAAUUGGGAAUUCUGGGGGGGAUGUUCUGAGGGAGAAUCUGGUGCCAGAAAAUUCUAAGGAAAUUGAGUGUUCUAGGGGAGAUGUUCUCAGAGAGAAUCUAUUUCCUGGAAAUCCUAAGGAAAUUGGGCAUUCUUCGGGAGAUAUUCCAAAGAAAAAUCUAGUGCUGAGAAAUGCUAAGGAAAUUGGGAAUUCUAGGAGAGAUGUUCUGAGGAAAAACCAAGUUCCCAGAAAUUCUAAGGAAACUGGACAUUCUAGGAGAGACGUUCUGAGGAAAAAUCGAGUCCCCAGAAAUUCUAAGGAAACUAGACAUUCUGGAGGAGAAGUUCUGAGGAAAAAUCAAGUUCCUGGAAAUUCUGAGGAAAUUGACUAUUCUAGGAGAGAUAUUCAAAGGAAGAAUCUAGUGUUGAGAAAUUCUAAGGAAAUUGGGAAUUCUGGGGGGGAUGUUCUGAGGGAGAAUCUGGUGCCAGAAAAUUCUAAGGAAAUUGAGUGUUCUAGGGGAGAUGUUCUCAGAGAGAAUCUAUUUCCUGGAAAUCCUAAGGAAAUUGGGGAUUCUACCGGAGACAUUCCAAAGAAAAAUCUAGUGCUGAGAAAUGCUAAGGAAAUUGGGAAUUCUAGGAGAGGUGUUCUGAAGAAAAACCAAGUUCCCAGAAAUUCUAAGGAAACUGGACAUUCUAAGGGAGAUGUUCUGAGGGAGAAUCUGGUGCCAGAAAAUUCUAAAGAAGACACCUCUUUCAGAAUGUGCAAAGAAAAUUUUUUCCAGGGUCAUGAUAGGAAAGAUGCAACUUGUCAUCAGCACAGAUCAGAAAGGCAGCAGAAAGCUGCACAAAAGACCAGCCAGGAGAAACCAAUUCCUUCUCAGGAUGACGGUGGGGACAUUGGUCAAACCACUGCCCAGAAGGAGAUCUGCAGGGACAGGAGGCAAAAAGCAUGCCCUAAAUGUGGGAAAGUUUUUAGUCAGAGUAUACUGCUUCUUAAGCAUAAGAGAACCCACACGGGAAUGAAGCCGUAUCAGUGUUUGGACUGUGGAAAAAUCUUCAGCCAGCGUUCCCACCUUAAUAUACAUAGGAGAACUCACCGCAGAGAGAAACCAUAUGAAUGCUUGGACUGUGGGAAAGCUUUCCAUCGGAGCUCCCACCUUGCUUCACACCGGGGAAUCCACACAGGAAUCAAACCUUACAAAUGUUCAAGUUGUGAGAAGAGCUUUCGUCGAGGGCCUGACCUCAGGAGGCACCAGAAAACCCACACAGGAGAGAAAUUACAUAAAUGUUUGCAUUGUGGGAAAAGCUUUGGUCUGAGCUCUAGCCUUAUUAAACACGAAAGAAUCCACACAGGAGAAAGGCCAUAUAAAUGUCCAGACUGCCCGAAAGGUUUCAGCCAGAUGUCUCAUCUUAUUGUACACAAGAGGAUCCACACGAAGGACAAACCAUACAAAUGCUCUGUCUGUGGCCAUGGCUUUAGCCAGAAAGCACAUCUCAUUUCACAUCAGAGAAUCCACACGGGAGAGAAACCUUUUAAGUGCUCGGAAUGUGGCAAAAGCUUUAAACUGAACUCAGCUUGUAUGAGCCACGAGAGACGACACAGAAACAACUUGGAUGCUCAGACUGCUGGGAAAGUUUCUGACGAGGCUACUGCUUCACUUGACGCCACAGGACCGACAAGGAAGUCAAACCGUAGAAAUGUUCAGAGAGUGGCCAAAGCUUAA